AAAAAGUAAAAAAUAUAAUAAUAAUUAAAAAAAAAACCCUAAAUCCAUGAAUAUGAAGAAUUGAAGAGUAUAUUCUAUAUUGUAUAGGCCAUAGGGGUCAACAAUGCCAUACCAUUGUCUGGUCCAGAACCCGAAGCCAUCGUCCAAAGAGUUGAAAAAACAGAAACAGUAAAGACCAAAUCUUCUUCUUUGAUCUUUUCCUUGAAAACCAAAUUAAUGGCUGCUGGCCGCCGGCUGCGAAGUGGUCCUUUCCUCAGAUUAAACCCCAAAUCCGGCCAUUUCCAGCAAACCACUUUUAAACGCGUUUUUUCUUUAUUAAUGUCCAAAACCACGUAUCUGCCUCUUCCUAUUUCUUUAAUACCAAUUUAUAUAUAUAUAAAGUUCGUAUUAGAUAUUAUCAAAGUUGAGGCCUUUCUUUAAAAAAGAUAAGACACCCACCCACCAAAUCCUAUGACCUGGUUGUUUUGGAACUUGGCUCUUCAAUCAUGUUAAAUUUUAGCUUAAUUUUGUAAGGUAUAGUUGUUUCAACUUUUUUAUUUUGUGAUAUAAAGAUCAGAUCUUUAUGUGUUUGAUUAUUAGCCCAUCAAUUGGUUUAGGGAUUUAGAUGUGAUAAUUAGUGGUAUUAUUUUUGUGGAAGGAAUUUAAGUGUAAAGAGAGUAGAUGGGUAAUACUUGUGUAGGACCAAGCAUUUCGAAAAAUGGGUUUUUCCAAUCGGUUUCAGCUGUAAUGUGGCCGAACCGAUCACCUGAGGGCUCGGUUUCUCAUAGGGAAACUGGUAAUGAAGGAGCAUCUAAAGAACCUGAAUUAGCAUUACCGGUUCAAAGCAGACCUCCAGAACAAAUGACAAUGCCGAAAUCGGAGACUAGGCAAGAGACUAAAUCCAAAAAACCGAAAAAACCUAAGCCUCCUCAUGUGAAGAGGGUGUCUAGUGCAGGGUUGAGGACUGAGUCAGUGUUACAAACAAAGACUGGAAAUUUCAAGGAAUACUAUAGCUUGGGGAAAAAAUUAGGACAAGGUCAAUUCGGGAUGACUUUCCUCUGUGUGGAGAAGUCAACCGGAAAAGAAUAUGCUUGCAAAUCGAUUGCGAAGAGAAAGUUAUUAACUGAUGAGGAUGUUGAGGAUGUGAGAAGAGAAAUUCAAAUAAUGCAUCACUUGGCAGGGCAUCCUAAUGUUAUAUCAAUAAAAGGUGCUUAUGAGGAUGCAAUGGCGGUUCAUGUUGUUAUGGAAUUAUGUGCUGGUGGAGAGCUUUUCGAUAGAAUCAUUCAACGUGGACAUUAUACGGAACAAAAGGCAGCUGCACUUACAAGGACUAUAGUUGGGGUUGUGGAAUCUUGUCAUUCUUUAGGGGUUAUGCAUAGAGACCUUAAACCGGAGAAUUUUCUUUUUGUUAACCAGCAAGAGGAUUCGCUUCUUAAGACGAUUGAUUUCGGAUUAUCGAUGUUCUUUAAGCCAGGUGAAACAUUUACGGAUGUGGUUGGAAGUCCGUACUACGUUGCCCCAGAAGUUUUACAAAAGCAUUACGGUCCCGAAGCUGAUGUUUGGAGUGCAGGAGUAAUACUUUACAUUCUCUUAAGUGGCGUUCCUCCCUUUUGGGCUGAAAGUGAGCAAGGUAUAUUCGACCAAGUCUUGCAUGGUGACCUCGAUUUUGAGUCAGAUCCUUGGCCUAACAUCUCUGAAAGUGCAAAAGACUUGGUGAGAAGAAUGCUCAUUCGAGACCCCAAGAAACGGUUAACUGCACAUGCUGUUUUAUGUCACCCUUGGAUACAGGUUGAUGGUAUUGCACCCAACAAGCCCCUUGAUUUUGCGGUGUUAAGUCGGUUGAAGCAAUUUUCGGCAAUGAAUAAGCUCAAGAAAAUGGUGCUUAGGGUGAUUGCGGAGAAUCUCUCUGAAGAAGAAAUAGCCGGCCUGAAAGAAAUGUUCAAGAUGAUAGACACGGACAACAGUGGUCAAAUCACCUUCGAAGAACUUAAAGCUGGACUGAAAAGAGUUGGAGCUAAUCUUAAGGAGUCUGAAAUUUAUGAUCUUAUGCAGGCAGCUGAUGUUGAUAAUAGCGGCACAAUUGAUUAUGGGGAAUUCGUAGCUGCUACACUGCACCUAAACAAAAUCGAGAGAGAAGAUCAUUUAUUUGCUGCAUUUUCCUACUUUGAUAAGGAUGGUAGUGGUUAUAUCACUCCCGAUGAACUCCAACAAGCAUGUGAAGAGUUUGGCAUAGAGGAUGUUCGACUUGAAGAAAUGAUCCAUGAAGUUGAUCAAGAUAAUGAUGGACGCAUAGACUACAACGAGUUUGUAGCCAUGAUGCAGAAAGGACAUGUCACCACAAAUGCUGGCAGUGCUGGUGCUGGUAAGGAAGGCUUACAACAUAGUUUUGGUCUUGGAUUUAGAGAAGCAUUUAAACUUUAGCGUAUGCAUCUCUUCAUGUUCUUGUGUUAUGAUCCGAGACUUAGCUCCGGUCACGUAUAGCCUUACUCACGGAUCGUGACACUUGUUAAUAGGACUGAGAUUUGUAUAGUAAAAAGUACCAAAGCAAUGCUCAUUGUAAGGAGCAGGUGGUGGAUUUUCCAUUUUCUUCAACCUUUUUUUUCUGCAAUCAGAAUGAGGUUCCUUCAUGUUGUAUGCUUCUACACAAA